AGGUAUUUACGGAGAUUGAUGGUGUACAGCCAGAUGUAGUUCCACAAUACGGAGGUGAAACGUUAACUGACUACUGUCCAUACCACAAGGCAGAUACGUCUGUGCCCCGGAACCAAACUGUCAAUGACCUCUACUGUACCAACAAGGAAAUUAUCAAUGACUGUCGAGUUAGUAACUGCAUGAAUGGUGCAGUGUGUCGUGACGUCAUCAGUGGGUACUACUGCGAUUGCCCGGCUGGAUAUGCUGGCGCUCUUUGCGACCAUGUGAAUAGCGAAUGUACCGUAAACACAGGCUGUGGAGUCAACGAGGUUUGCACUGCCAACCAGUGUGUAUGCGAACGAGAUAGAAUACGAGGUGAAAACGAUAUAUGCAUCGGAGUAACAGAGGUUAAAGAAUAUUCGAUGACUCUCACAGUAUCAGAGGUGGAUGGACAACCAGCUGUAUAUGAUCCUUCACUGAUGGGGGCUGAAGGAGAAGAAUUUAGACAAGGGAUCGAGUACGAGAUUCGCCAGAUCAUUGGAAAUGACGCCUCCCUCAGUGUUGCCCUGGUAGAUGUAGUGACACGGAAUAUAUUCAGUGGAAGUAUCGUGGUGGAAAUGGCCUUAAUAUUUCGGGAGAACUCAUCAAAUAACUCUUCAAACAUCAAUCUAGCUUCAGUGGUAGCAGCUACUACCACUGAUGAGAAUAUCUUACGGGAGAGUGGCACGGCAUUCACAAUCGUGUGGAACGCAUCGGCUGUUCAAGAUGCAAACGAGUGUGAGGAUUCAGCCGGCAAUGACUGCUCUCCGUACGCUCAGUGUAUGAACACAGAUGGCAGUUAUGAAUGCACCUGCCUACCAGGGUAUGAAAACACCGGACCAUCAGGGGUUCCUCCUGGUCGAAACUGUACAGAUAUCAAUGAAUGCAGCCCAGAUCCUUGUCUCAAUGGUGCGACUUGCUCGGACGGAGUCAAUGGUUAUACAUGUACUUGUGCUGACGGAUAUAGCGGAGAUGACUGUGGAACAGAUAUAAAUGAAUGCAGCCCAGAUCCUUGUCUCAAUGCUGCGACUUGCACGGACAGUGUUAAUGGUUAUACCUGUAUUUGUGUUGACGGCUUUAGCGGAGAUGACUGUGGAACAGAUAUAAACGAAUGCAGCUCAGAUCCGUGUCUCAAUGGUGCGACUUGUUCGGAUCGAGUCAAUGGUUAUACCUGUACCUGUGCUGACGGAUAUAGCGGAGAUGACUGUGGAACAGAUAUCAAUGAAUGCAGCUCAGAUCCUUGCCUCAAUGGUGCUGAUUGCUCAGACGGAGUCAACGGUUAUAUCUGUAUUUGUGCUGACGGGUAUAGCGGAGAUGACUGCGGAACAGAUAUAAACGAAUGCUACCCAAAUCCUUGUCUCAAUAAUGCAGUUUGCACGGACAGUGUUAAUGGUUAUAUCUGUAUUUGUGUUGACGGAUAUAGCGGAGAUGACUGUGGAACAGAUAUCAAUGAAUGCAGCUCAGAUCCUUGCCUCAAUGGUGCUGAUUGCUCAGACGGAGUCAACGGUUAUAUCUGUAUUUGUGCUGACGGGUAUAGCGGAGAUGACUGCGGAACAGAUAUAAACGAAUGCUACCCAAAUCCUUGUCUCAAUAAUGCAGUUUGCACGGACAGUGUUAAUGGUUAUAUCUGUAUUUGUGUUGACGGAUAUAGUGGAGAUGACUGUGGAACAGAUAUCAAUGAAUGCAGCUCAGAUCCGUGUCUCAAUGGUGCGGCUUGCACGGACAGUUAUAAUGGUUAUACCUGUACUUGUGCUGACGGAUAUAGCGGAGAUGACUGUGGAACAGAUAUCAAUGAAUGCAGCUCAGAUCCUUGUCUCAAUAGUGCGGCUUGCUCGGACGGACUCAAUGGUUAUACCUGUACCUGUGCUGACGGAUAUAGCGGAGAUGACUGUGGAACAGAUAUAAAUGGAUGCAGCUCAGAUCCUUGUCUCAAUGGUGCGGGUUGCUCGGAUGGAGUCAAUGGUUACAUCUGUAUUUGUGUUGACGGAUUUAGCGGAGAUGACUGUGGAACAGAUAUCAAUGAAUGCAGCUCAGAUCCUUGUCUCAAUGGUGCGGCUUGUUCGGACGAAGUCAAUGGUUAUACAUGUACUUGUGUUGACGGAUAUAUCGGAGAUAACUGUGGAACAGAUAUAAAUGAAUGCAGCUCAGAUCCUUGUCUCAAUGGUGCGGCUUGCACGGACGAAGUCAAUGGUUAUAGCUGUAUUUGUGUUGACGGAUAUAGCGGAGAUGACUGUAGAACAGAUAUCAAUGAAUGCAGCUCAGAUCCUUGUCUCAAUGGUGCGGCUUGUUCGGACGGAGUCAAUGGUUAUACAUGUACUUGUGCUGACGGAUAUAGCGGAGAUGACUGUGGAACAGAUGAAGAUGAAUGCAUUGCAUCGCCGUGCCAGAAUGGUGGAGCAUGCAGUAGUUUAGCGAACCGUUUUCUCUGUGAAUGCUCUGCAGGCUAUUCGGGAGACCGAUGCCAGAUCGAACCGGUGACUUGUGUUAGUGGCAACAGCUGUGGUGAGCUGAAGGUUUGCAACACUGAAGAGAUGUGUGAAUGUGGUCCUGAUUAUGUAGAGAACGCAAGUGGCCAGUGUGAGGUUGCAUACUCCUUCGAGGUAUCGCUCACCAUCACGUCAUUGAAUGGCGGGUCAAUAUCAUUUACUAUUGCCCUUACUGACGUCACGAGUUCAGAGUACAUUAGGCUAGCGUUCAUACUGAGAAGAUUGCUUUUGCUUCAAGUACGCAUUCUUCGACGCCUCGCCCGUAUCAUCUUCACAAGUGGAAGUGUCAUUGCCACGUUCGAAAUCGGUACCGACGAACCGAUGUCGCCGAACGACCUCCAACAAAUGAUCCUAUCAGAUCUAGGCAAUGGUAACAUCACAUCUGGUGGCAGCUCCAUAGGUGUUGAUCCGGAUUCUUUGGUCGCAACAGAUGUCAACGAAUGUCUGACGGCUUCUGACAACGACUGCUCGCAUAAUGCCGACUGCGUGAACGUGGAAGGGUCUUACAACUGUACAUGCCGUGAGGGUUACGCUGACCGGUCACCUGACGCCCGCAGGCCUGGUAGGGUGUGCACAGGUGGGCUUUCGACGGGUACCAUCAUCGCCUUGUCAGUCGGUCUGGGCGUCGUCUUUCUGCUGUUCAUUAUCCUCACGUGUACCGCGUGCGUGUUCAUGCAGUCCAGGGCAAACUUAAUUAACAAGGAGCACUACGCCCGAUCGCCCUAUAAUGUCCGCGGUCAUCCUACUCAUCGCACUAGAGAUGGAGGUCGAGCCUUCAAGACCGACGUGGACCGGGACUUUGCGCACCUCUACGGGAAAUACGCUGCUCCCCGCCCUAUACCCCCGUUUGCUCUGUAUGGUGAUGGCACUAGAAACUGGUACUUGAGCGACGGGAGAGGACAUAUGGACUCUCCAUUUGGGUCGAGAGGACCUGACUAUCAUAUGUCACCCCCGAGAGGCAGUGUCGCCCGACCUUCCCAUAGAGGUAGUCAACGCCCACAUGGAUACUCGGCCUCUCCUGUCGAUCGCCUUCAACCGUCUCUGAAUGACUUCGAAGACACCCUUCCACCGUAUUCGAGACGUUAUGAUCCCAACUUCGAAGAGGACGACGAGUUCCAUCGCCCGUAUUAUGUCUCUGGAGAAGCUAUUUACUGAUUUGUCUCUAUGUAAUAGCAAGAGUAUUCUGCAGGGCUUGCAUUGAAAUAUAAAAAUCGAAGUUAUCAAUCUUAGAAACUUACUGUAGAAACUGUUAUGCAUAAUCUGUUUUAAACAAAGAAUGAACAUUUGCCCUCCAUUUUAAUACUCGAGGAACUUGUUUCACUUUAACAUGUUUUAUUAAAAAGAAUGAAAUGUAUGAAUAAAUAUCUGUUCUUAUUUUAUAUUUUAAUGAUUUCAUAAUUAUCGAGGUUUUUAGCUUUUCCCCUUUAUCUUUCUACCACUUAUUUUCCGAAGUGAAAGUUGAAUUUAUUACUUUUUGUAAGAGUUAAUAAAGAAUGCCACAGAUUUAAAUUUUUCCUGGCCAAUGUGAUUUUAUUUGACACAUGUUUAAAACCAUACACAUUUUGGACUAGACUGACUACUUUCUAUAUUUGCUACAAUUGAAAGUUAUUUUAAUAGGCAAGUUAUCUUUUUUUCAGAGGUGAGGUUGAAAAUAUAAUAUGCAAUUGUUAAGUCGCCAUCCACUCAGCAAAAGUUUACAAUAAGCCAGUUCGUAAAUUAUGUAGAUGAAGAUACAAUCUGCGCAUGGUCAGGUCAUUUGUGCAAAAUUGUAAAACCCACCGACGCGAAAACUGGAUUCGUGCUCAUGAAAGUUAUGUAAUCAUUAUUCACCGAUGCACCGACGGUACAUUGCUAUGAUACACAGUUGGAAGUAUUCUCCUCAAGAGUGCAAACAAAAGGCGUUCAUGAAGCGCAUCCAUGACUUUGGCAGAGAACUACUCUAAAUUGCACAAAAAGAAAUGGGACUCCUCUAUUUAACAUAUCUGUGAAUAUUUGGAGUCUUUUGUACAAUGUGCUAACUACGAACUGGUCUAUUGUUCUUCAAUGUUUCACUAGUUAUAAUGUUAUGGUAAUUGUAAUGAAGAGUGUGAUCUGAAAUGUAGUUAUACCUUACAUGCAUUGCAAAGCAAAAUCAAGAGUUAAUAUAUACAUCGAGUGACGACUAUGAUAUAGAAAUCAACCGUUGGAAGUCAUAACCUGUAAUGUAAGCUUCUAACUUUAAAACUAAUUAUUGAAGUGGGCAGUCUUCCACAUAUCUGUUACUUUUCUUCGCUCCAGUGGUCUCGCGACAACAGACAGCAAGAAGAAUUACUUGAGAAUUACUGAGAAUUCAAUUCAAUUCAAUUGGAUAUUAUAUUUAUCAACAAAUAAUGCGUCGCAACAUAACGUUGAUUUGUGCAUAAUUUACAUUGUGGUUACAAUAUUAUUAUAUAGCGUGCAAGUGAUAGAGGGUUGGUCAAUAUGGACUGAUUUUUUAUGAGAUUUUUGAAAUAUACAAUUUUCUAUUUAAUUUUGUCUGGAUUGUAAUUGGAGAAUCGAUUUGGGAUCACGUUCGAAAUGUAUAUAAUACUUUCAUUACAAACUUUUAGUUAAUUUAGAAAAUGUAUGUAUCCAAUAAAGUGAGUUUGACCAACUA